AACCAAGAUCCUUGCCAGUUGAGAUACUUUCUCAAAACAUCAGAGAGAUGUUCGUACAGAGGUUUGCUGAAUCAAGGUGCGACGUGCUAUCUGAACGCGACCUUGCAGGUGCUCUUCAUGACCGAAGCGUUCAGAGAGAGAGUGCUGCUGUUGGUUUGGUCUUCAUGGCUUUUUAACUUGUCUCAAUUGUUAGUGGCUCAAAUGAAUGAAAUGAAAAGCACUCGUUUCAUUUUUUAGAACUCCCGAUGACACGAGUGAGAAAUUAGAGUCCGCAUUAAAGGAACUAUUCGAAGAGCUCAGCAAACAGGACAGAGAUGGUCAGAGCGUCUCAACCGAAGGAGUACUCAAGGCUCUGGGUAUAGAGAGAGGUAUGUUUAUGAUGGGUGUAAUUUAAUGAAAUCGUUUCUUGUAACUGCACUCUGUCUGCGUGUAUGAAGUGUGUUGUAUUUUCUGGUUAAUUUCAGCAUAUGAGCAGCAAGAUGCUGUGGAAUACUUCCUAGAUAUCCUCGAGAAAGUAGGCCCUAAUUUGGCCGAGGUCUUUAGUGGAACUAUGAGGAACAACAGAACAUGUUCAGAAAAUCACAAGUCCCAUGAUGACAGCUCCUUCAAGUCGCUACAGAUCGCCCUGAACCCCAGAGAUGGACCGUACAGACUAGAAGAUGGGGUUCAAUCAUAUUUUGCGUCUACAAAAUUAUUUGGGGAUGACCAGAUGUACUGUGAAAACUGCGAUGAGAAAAGUGACACAAUAUGGAUUUGUGAAAUACACGAGCAUCCAACAAUACUGGCUUUGCACCUGAAAAGGUUUGUGUAUGACUACUGGUCAUGUAGGUUUGAGAAAAACGACUGUCCCAUGGAUGUACCGCUUCACUUAUCUCUUCAGGGGCAGGAGUAUUGGCUCUAUGCCGUGAUCAACCACAGGGGGAGCCGUUAUGGAGGUCACUACACCGCUGACAUCCGAUCUUCUACAGAGAACAAGUGGUACUGUUUCGACGACAGUCGUGUCACAGAGACUGAUGAGAGCAAACUGAAAAGGUCUAGCGAAGCUUACUUGCUCUUGUACCAGAAAAUGGACAGUCCUCCAGGUUAUGAGACGAGGAAGGAAACCCUGAAUUCUCACACCGAUCUGACGGAUACGAGAACUGGACACCUGCUGCCGUCAGUAACAGAGCAGCAGAGGAGCACAGCGCCAUUUGGACGGGUGGAGGACGAGAAAGAAGAGCCCAAAAUGCAAGCUGCUGAAGCAGGAGAACCAGUGGAAACAGGCAGAGCAGAGGUGAUGCAAUCUGAAUUGAUUUAUCAUUUAAAAGAAAUGCAGUGUGGCAGAGCUCAUAAUAAACCACAAUUGGAAGUGUCUGCCGUGACGGGGCGUCUGAGGAUCCUUGUGCUGGGCCGGUCAAAGAGCGACAAAAACACUCUGGCAGAGAUGAUCAUGAGUGAAGUUGGGUUCUCUUCUGAAUCACAGCUGCAGCAUGAUAAAACAAUCAAGGAUUCUCUGGAAAUGUGCAGCCCUGGUCCCCACAUGGUCCUUUGGGUGGCCCCAUUAGGGAAUAACAAGAAAGAUAUUGAAGCAUUUGACGAAAUCUAUAGGUUUCUGGGAAACACAGCCAGUAAAUAUAUUAUGAUUGUCUUCACCAGUAAGGGGCAUCCCAAAGAAAGCGUAAGAAAUGCAACGCAGAAAUAUGCAGGCAUAAAAAAUAAUCAUGUUCUUGACAUUAGCGCAGCCUUGCAUAUCCAGGUGAAAGAACUUCUUACCAAACUGAGGAAGAUUGUAGAUCAGAACCACAAGAAGAACAGGCCAUAUUAUGACAAGAAACCACGAAAAAGAAAACUAAGAGCACACAUAAAAGGGAAAGAGCCAGUUAAAGAACACUGCAAUCAAAUCACAGAGAAAUCUACUUGAGAAUCAUAAUGUACUUGAGAAUUGCUUUCAAGUUGGCAGAACUAACUAAUUGUUGGUCAGUGUAAUAAAUGCAAAGUAUUGUGGAGAAAACAGACACAACUUUGUGUGAUAAUUUGUAAAAGUUUUAGUUAAUGUGCAUUCAGAUGUUAGAACUGCGAACUGUAUUUUUUUCCAUAUAUAUUCAUAUUGGGGUGUACAGGAACUUCUGAUCUGUCAAGUAUUCUAUAAUUUCUACUGUGUGACAUUCGAUUGGAAUCCCAAGGAUUUUUCUCCAUUCUGUCACUGAUGGAGUUUUGGUUCCUUGCCGCUGUCGCCUUUGUCUUGCUUAGUUGGGGACACUUCAUUUCUGGCAAUAUUGUCGACUUGAUCGCACAGAUACUAUUAGAACUGAACUGAGCUGGACGAUGACAUCACUGAAUCAACAAUGAACUCACUCUAACUGAAAAGAAUUGAGUGUUUACUAUCGUUCUCUUUUUAGAGCUGCUUUACAGCAGAAUUGAAUUUGAGUUUGCAUUACUGACACACUGUUUUCUUGUUUAUCACUGUAAAGCUGUUUUGACACAAUCUGCAUUGUUUAAAGCGCUAUAGAAAUAAAGGUGACUUGAAAUGA